AUGGAUUGUUUUACAGAUGUUAUACUAAUUUCAGAUGAUGAACUUGAAAUUAUUGACACCUCUACUCUCGAAGUAUUACAAACUUUUAAUAUAGAUGAUGGUUGGAACACUGAUAUAACAGAUGAGUUACAAAAACUUAAUAAUCAAG